AUUCAAAAUUUGUUACGUCUUACCGUUUCGGCUAUUGGCUCGCCAGCACUUUAACUGAUCCUUCGCCGAUCAUCCUCCUGUGGAGGGUCACCGAUCACCGUUUGAGUGAUCUGUUUUUUGCGACAAAGCAUCUGGAGAAGCCUCUCUGUAAUUACAAGAAGGAACCAUGUCGGGUUUGAAUCAGCACUAUCAGGACUACUACCUGAUGCCGGGCACGUACUCCUAUCCAAUGGCCAUGCACGCCGCACCAACGGCUAGCGCCUAUCUGCCAAACUACGAAGAGAUGUCCUGGCUUAUGCCAGACAACAGCGCGGCCACCUAUGUGGCUAGUCCCAUUGGCGUGAUCAACUAUCUGUCCGAUCUUCAGUCCCAAAUGGCCUUGCCCACCCAACAAAAUCUAAACAGCGGUCUCUUCUAUGCGGUCCUCAAUCCGCUUGAACAGCAUGUGGGUAUGCCAAUGGCAGUGCCUGUGGUAGUGCCGGUGCAAGUGCCAGUGUCGGUGCCGGCCUAUCACCAGGCGAUAUAUGCCUGCCAGCAACCAGUGGAGCAGAUUUGUUAUUACCAGUUGGUGCCCAUGUCUGAGGAGGAGGUUACCUCCACAGGACAGCAGCCAGAAGACUACUCAGACCAGCCCGCAGAAGCGGAAGAGCAAGCCAUGGAGCCAGCAGUUGAGCAAGAGCCUACAAACGGCCAGCGAACCUACCAGGCAGAAGAGGGCUACUUGGUUGAGGAGCCGACCUCCUCGGAAGAGGACCAGGAGGAGAGCAAAGAGGAACCAACCACACCAGAGACGCAUUGAGAAGCUCCCACGGAUCUCACUUGUUCUGCUAUCGAGGCCAGUGGUGGAUCAAUCGAUACAAAUCGAUUAUGUUACUGUGUACCUUUGCAAAGAAUUGUUUUAUUAUAAUUUAUAGUCGCAAAAACAUA